AUGUACUGGCCCCACACUUGCACUUCGGCCUGUGAAUCGGUAUAUUCUUCCGUAUAUCUUACCUGUUCAACCAUUGAUGUUACAGGUGAAAUGAUCACAAGUGAUACCUGUAGGCUGACCAAUGAGCAGUACAUGAGCAGUUUAGCUUGGUGUUGGGAAGUUCAGUGUCAGAACUAUUCAAUCUCUUUCGAAGAUUUCCAGAAGGCUUGGAAAAUCUCUCUUGAAAACGCAACUUUGACUUUCGAGGAUGCACUAGCAAUCGGAAGGCCAUCCGAAUUAAUUGAUAAGAGCACUCAGUGGUUGAAUACAUCCAUGCUUCCUGUGCAAUCUUACUACUAUCCAUUUUAUAAGACAGCACAAGAAUUCUAUCAGCUGGAGAAGUGGCAUGCUAUCUUUGGAGUCAUUUUGAUUUUCAUUCCAUGGUUAUUGGUUAUUCUUGGGUUUCUUAACAACAUCAUUGAAUCCACUCAAUUUGUCUCCAGAAAUCUUCCUGUAGGCUUGAGAAUUUGGAUUCGAAAGCACAUUUUGGUGCCUGCUUUAUUCAAUGAGAAAUCGAACGUGCCCUUGCAUCUUACAUCCAAGAUUCCGUUUGAUUAUGUUCCUCCAAGAAUUGUUUCAAUAGCAAUUGUUAUCUACUAUGCCAUCAAUGUGAUCUUCUGCUCUGUGAACUAUUCGUCGUUUCCAGAGAACUUAUGGUGGGACACGAGUGCUGACCAGAUUAUGACCUAUGUGAGCAAUCGCACGGGAGUCUUGUCCUUUGUCAACUUACCGAUACUUAUUCUUUUUGCCAGCCGCAAUAACAUUUUUCAAUGGAUGACGGGCUGGUCAUAUGCCACCUUCCAGUUCUUCCACAGGCAUGUUGCAUUCAUUUGCACGCUCCAAGCAGUGAUUCAUUCAGUUUUGUACACCGUACUCAAGCUCCGGAUGCCAGGAGGAGCUGCCACCUAUGCUGCUGAAGCUGCCAAACCAUACUGGUAUUGGGGCAUCAUAGCUACAACUCUGUUGUGCUUGAUUCUACCGCUCUCUAUAUUGAAGUUGCGCAGGCUCAGUUACGAAGCGUUCAUUUUCUUUCACUACUCACUAGCAAUCGUGGCCAUUGCAGGAUGUAAAUUCCAUAUUAGUCGUCGAUUCAAAACAGAGUGGGGUUACAAUUAUUGGUUGUAUGCUACCUAUGCCGUAUGGGGCUUUGAUUUUCUCAUUCGAAUCGUGAGAGUCGUCAGACUGAUCUGGAUGGGAAUCUCGGUGCAUGCCACUAUUGAGCUAGCAGAAUCUGAAACAGAAGUUUUGAAAAUAACUUAUUCAGCUAGUCGUUUUCAAACACAGAGAUGUGUCGAUAACUAUUACUACCUCUAUUUCCCAACGAUUCUUCCCUGCUUUACCAGCCAUCCUUUCACGUUGAGUGGAUGGACAUUUGAAGACCAUCUCAAUCUCAGAGCUUCCAAAGAGAUCCCGGUAAACUCUUCAUCAGAGAAUAUUAGUUCCACCUCAGAAAAAAACAGCUCUACUCGGGUAUAUGAAAGUGAAUCUUCCAAUCCCGAAUUGAUAUUUUACGCUAAAGUUCAGCGUGGAACAACUGCACAAUUAUUUAUGCGACUUGAGAAGAACAAUUUUCAGCCCAUAACUGUCUUUUCUCUUGUCGAAGGGCCCUACGGUUCCUAUGAUACGACCGUUCUCUCCAAAUAUAAUGUGGUGGUUAUCCUAACUGGAGGUAUUGGCCGAACGGUUGCUCAGAACUUCUUGAACUACUACAUUCAGUAUUGCAGAAUGUAUCAAACCAAAAGUUUUGCAAGGUUGGAAAUAAUGAACUCAAACCGGAAUGCUACUUCUCUUGCUCAGUUUCAACGACAAGCAACCAAACUUCAAGCUGAAUUCCCAGAGAUUAUGGACAAAGUCAGUAUUACGCAACAUGACUCUUCUGGGGGCCUUAGAAUCGACGUGAGGCUGUUUCUUGAGACCACUAUCGCCCAGGUUAAGACUGAUAUUCCUGGAAAUGCUCGUGUGGGAGUAGUCUCAUGUGGGCCAGAUAAGUUUUUAGACGUUACACGUAAAACUGUUGCGGAGUUACAGAAGGAGAUGCGAAAUGGAGUUGUGGUUGACUACAUUUCCUCCUCUUUUUCUUGGUGA